UCCGCGAACAGAUCGCACACGUGAAUUCGUCCUUCGCUCGCGAUGUGUGCAGUGAAAGUGUGACGUCACCCUUGUUGACGCUGUUUGCUGGCUAACUCGGAGGAAUACCUCAGAGACUCUGAGCGGAGAGCUUAGCGUCUGCCGGCCUCUCUCCCUCUUCCUCGUGCAAGGAGGCGCUUUCCUUCGGCGUUGUAGGUGUCAAAUAGAGUCAGUAGUACUGGCACCACAGGCCAACGGUGUUCGCUCUGUGGCUGCGUCGUUAACGGUCAUAGCCUUUGGCUUUUGCUUUUGUUUUCGUGCGUGCGGGUGAGCCAGGAACGAACAGACGAAAACAUGGAUUCUGGACCAGUGCUUCUCAACAUGUCGAGGCUGGGAAACGAGCUUUCGUCAAACUGCUAUGACAACCUGGCGUUAGAUCUGCAAAACAAGGCGACCACCCUUGAUGGAACGCUUGGAGCAGUGCUGCCGAUCCAGACUGAAGUGAACGGAAAUGGCCGCCCGAACGGGUUCAGAAACUUCGAGAGUAUCGACCUUGCCUGGAAGAACCUUACCUACAAGGUCAAGUGCGGCAAAACCAGUAGAAACCUGGUACAAAACAUGAGCGGCGAAGUGCGUUCUGGUACACUGACAGCAGUCAUGGGCCCUUCCGGUGCUGGCAAGACGACAUUGCUCAACUUGCUUACGGGUUUCUACGACAAGGGCUACACGGGAGAAAUUCAUAUCAACGGCUGCGUGCGCGAACGGGAGCUGUUCAACAAGCAGAGCUGCUACGUCAUGCAGGAAGACCGCCUGCUGCCAGUUCUGACGGUAUUCGAAGCCAUCUCCAUGAGCGUUGAACUGCGAAUGCCGAACAUUGAACCAAAGGACAAGGCCAAGAAGGUAGAACAGUCAAUACAAGAAUGGGGCCUGGAGGCGUGCCGAAACACUCUCACGGAGAAUCUGUCCGGCGGCCAGCGGAAGCGGCUGGCCAUCGCCCAGGAGCUGGUUAACAACCCGCCCGUUCUGUUCCUCGACGAGCCUACAAGUGGCCUGGACAACGUAUCUAGUCUAAUGUGUGUACAGAUCCUGAAGCGGAUGGCCGCCAUGGGUCACACGGUCAUUUGCUCCAUACAUGCCCCCAGUGCCAAGAUAUUCUCUAAUUUCGAUAUGCUGUACAUGGUAUCCGGAGGACAGUGCAUCUACAACGGUGAAGUGGAUCAUCUUGUGGGAUUCCUUUCAAGACAUGGCCUGCAGUGCCCGCAGUUUCACAACCCCGCCGACUACAUUUGCGAGAUAGCGUCCGGCGAGUACGGCGACUACUGCAAAAGGUUGAGCGCUGAGUUUGAGCUUCCCGAGCCAGAUAGAAGCGCGAUCGUCAAAGGGACACGGUCAAAGUACGGCGGAGUGAUCAUGACUAACGAGCAAAAAGCAGAGGCCUACAAGAUGUACUCCUUCAAGGUCAACCAAUUUCACCAGUUUCGAGUCCUGCUGAAACGCUGUUGGCUUUCAGUUCUCCGCAACAAGGUGGCAACACCUCUGCGGCUCGUGGCGUACGUUGGCUUCGCGGUAUUCAUGGUGAUACUCUUCUACGGCAUGGGCACCAAGGCAACCACGGUGACCAACAAUGUCACCAUGUUUUUCGCCAUUUCCUGCGUCUGCGUUUUCCAGUCAGUCCUGCCCGCCGCUAUUGUAUUUCCGAUGGAAGUACUAGUCUUGGCACGAGAACAACGAAAUUGCUGGUACAGCCUGCACGUUUACUAUUUGGCAAACUAUAUUGCCGAGAUUCCUUUCCUGGUCGUCCCCAUCGGUCUGCUGAUCGGCAUCGUCUACUACCCGACGGGGCAGCCGAUGGUGCUCUGGCGCUUUGCGAGCCUGAUGCUGUUCAGCGUCCAGAUCUGCUCCGUGUCGCAGGCCUUGGCUCUCAUCGUGUCGGCAGUCUCCAAGCUUCAGACCGCAGUGUUCCUUGUCCUGCCAGUGGUGUCCCCGGCCUAUUUCUUCUGUGGCUUCUUCGUGCCGGCGCACUUGCUCAGCCCGUACACACGGUGGAUGACAGACGCGUCGUACAUGUACUAUGGGUACAACGGCUUACUCCUGUCGGUGUACGGCUACGGCCGCGAACACCUAGAGUGUGACGAGUUCGUCUGCCUGUACGAGGACCCGGCGCACUUCCUGGAGCUCGUCGGUGCUGCGGACAAGGAGAUACACGUGUUGACUGUCAUUUUGCUGGCGUUCGAGCUGGGAGCCAGGCUGACGGCGUUUGCCCUGCUCAAAAUGAGGCUCUCCAGGAAGGAGUGAAAGCUCGGGGCCAGGCUUCUGGCGACGUCUGGCCUCUGUGUAUGUGUGCGUGCCCGCCCGUUGUGAGCGUGUGCCAGACUUCUCGAGUUAUUCGGCCGUCGAGUGGGUAAAAAAAUAUUGCCCCUGGGGGCAACUGCGCACAACUUUCGUCGCUUUGUAUCACCCAACCUGCGGUUCCGCAUCAAGCCUAGUAUAGAGUUUCGUGGUGUCUGUACAGGUGGUGCAGAAAACAAGAAAAACAUUGUUUUCUUAUCGACACUUCACUCAGAGCCUCAAGAUCGAACUUCCAGGUUUCGUUAACACUGUUUACUACGUGGACUGUGUUCUUUAGUAAUUCACAGGCAUGCGUAUUUCAGUUCUCGCCCCUAAAGUUAUUGCGGAUAUAUAGUUAUUUCCGAUCGCUCACCUGUGUCAUUAUAUUGACAUCUAGGGCUAGCUUGUUUUAUAUACGAAGUAUGAUACUAUAUAGUAUACUCACCGAGUGAUGCAUAAGACGGCCUGUGAGAGAACACUAAUAAAUGAGCACUGGUGAGCGCAUUUUCAAGACGGGACAAGAGAAGACACCGACGCACGGGACAAGCGAACACGAAUAGCCCAGAACACUUAUAGGAGGAGGAGACAAAGGAGAGGAGAGACAGGGAGGUUAGCCAGUGUCAGUACCGGCUGGCUACCCUGUGCUGGGGAAAGGGGUAAAGGGAAUAAAAGGAGAAAGAAGAAGAAGAGGGAAAAAAGGAAAAAAAGAAAAUUCACACAGUAACGCGAAACUACGCUCUACAACGUUCAAAGGCGGUCACACAAUUCGCAUGUCCUUAAAAACUUCAACAAAGCCCUUAAGGCCUUGAGUGCCGAAGCCCGUCUGGACCAAUGUCCUAGAGCUUAUUAUAGAGGACACUAGUAAUCCAGUGUGAUCGAUUAAGGGCUAGGCAGAGUGGUAUGAGAGAUCGGUGCCACUGAACGCAAAAUUCAACGUAAAUUGUCUGAAUGUGGUACAGACGCACCAGAUUUACCUUUUCUUUUUGCGCGUUUGUGUGUGAGGGCAAUGCGUGCUUAUGGCAAUAUUGGACAGAGCAGAAAACAGGAAAUAGAGCACGACACGCGGUACUGCCACGAUCGACAGGGUGUAAAGAAGCAAUAGCGGACAAAGUCAGACUUUGAAGUUAAAUUUCGGUCGCUGACCGAACCACACGUAUGAGCUCCGAAACCUGUUCGUUUUAUUCACAGCAGUGCACAACGCUCGUUUCCAGCGUUUGUUUGACGCAACGUGUUUGACGCAAACACAUUUUACCUUUUUUUCCGUGGCUCGUGCAGUCACCCGCUGAAGGAUGUCAACACCAUCCUUGCGAGUUCCAUACGGCGACAGGAUGAUGAUGACCUGGCACAAUCUAACGUCUAGAACACAGGUUUGUAAAUUGUGUCGAGUUAAUAACAUGACUUUCAAGAAGGACCUCGGCUGCAUACUAGGUAUCCCGUGGCACAGAGUAAUGCACUGCAAGUUUCAUUUGCCUUCUUCGGUUGCCUGUAUGAAAUGCCCGAUUAUAAUAAAUUUCCAACAACGAA